AUGGGCAACAGCAACAGCAACCCCAAUAUGAAGCUAUUCAAAUCUGCAAAGUCUGAUAAUGACAGGACCAUCGAGCCCUCGUCAAGCAAAAUGCAAUCCCAACAAACACCACCAACAUACGAAGAGAGUACACAGGAUGUGAUGAAGAAAUACGCAAAGCAAGUGAAACACGCCAAGACCCCCGAGGACCUGUUGGAACCACUCUUGUCAGACAUGAAUAUCGAUGAAAAACGAAAGCUCAUUCAAGAUGCUCCAGAUAUAGUCUUUGCUAGUGAUGGGGGCACAACAAAAACUCUGAACCUUGAGACUCAGCUUGAAAAUGCAAACUACGACGAGCUUGCUCAAAGGGUAGUCUACCGCUACCAUUUUCUCAACGCAUCAUCCAACCGAGACUGGUGUAAAAAACUGAUUAAGCUGGAUAUCACCCUGCGAUGGAUUGUCCAGCGCAGAAUAUGGCUUGAACAAAAGGUCAAAGCCCUACAGACACGUCAAAGACAGUAUAUGUCAGACUUGGAUUUACAUAAGCUUGAGACCUAUGAAGAGCAAAUCAAAUCCCUCAACUCAAAAUACUGGGAUGGUCAUAGGGAACAAUGGGCCGUGUCAGACGGAAUAUGGAGCUUAUCGGCGAACCGAGCAAUAAAAAGGCAGAGAAAACACGCGGAUUGGUAUCUCUCGAGUGAUCUUCGUGAAGACUGUGCAAAUCGAGGGGGUGUUGUGGACGCGGAUGUGGAUGUUGCGAGAGGCCACAAAUGA